AUGAUAGAGCUUCUGUUCUCGGUGGUGGGGGCGGAGGCGGGGCUGGUGGUGCUCCUCCUGGUAAGGACUCCGCUGCGGAGGUUCGUGCUACUCGGUCUCGACAAGAUUAAGCGAGGUCGGGGGCCCGUCGCCGUCCGGACAAUCGCCCCCACCGUGUUCAUCGUCUUCGUGUCCAGCCUUUACAGCAUGGAGAAGAUCCACAGCCGCGCGAGGGGGGAGGAAGGGUUCGUCGGGCUCAACCCUACUGAUCAGGUGCUUUGGAUGAGGCACCUCCUCGAGGCCUCCCUAAUGGGUAUGCCUGUUACCUUCUCCCUGAUAUUUCGUUGCAAUCGAUCUCCCUCUCUAUCCGAGGUUCUGCAAGCGUGCCCGAAUCUGCCGGUGAUCGUUGUGUUUUGAUCGGUGCCUAUGAUCUUGCCUGUGGCAGUUUGGAGGGGCCUCUGUAUAGAUAUCGUAUCAUGGAUUGAGCCUGGUAUCCAUUUUUUCCUCUUACUAAUCCCCGAACAUUCCCAAAACCAUUCUCCGACAAUUUAUCUGCCUCCAACAGUUUCGUGGGUAUCCAGGCUUGUAUUGUUUCUCCAGUAGGACGAUUUCUGCACAACCAAUUCGCACCAUUAUGCUAGGUAUGCAUAAUUCCCAGAUAAAAUGAUGAUCGUCUCGAAAGUGAUGCAAAUGGUCCUUCUAAAUGAAUUCCAUGGAUCAUAUAUAUAUAUAUAUAUAUAUGGCUUCUGUGGGAGUGAUGAAUUUGUUCCGGUCAAGUUCGGUUCAUAUAAAAUUGUGAUCAAAUCAAUUUUGGAUUUAUUUUAUUCUCGAGGGUGAAGUCGGCACGAUUGGGUACUGCCGGUGGAAGAUCCUUCCACUGUGGCCUCUUCUCGGGGCAUAGCCCAUCAUUUUGUCACACCUCUCGAAGGAUAUUUUCCAGUGCCACCCUUCAUCUUGUCCGUGAUAAAAUAUUCCAGCCCCGUCUUUGCUGCUGACCUUAUGAACAGGAUCUUGAUUAGACGCAGAUAUAAAAUAGUGGACCAUCAGGAAGUGGAUUCUGGGAACUCUCUGUUACCGUUUCUUCUUCAACCCCGUGUGCGUACUGACUCGGUCUUCCUCAGCUGGGAGUAGUCUCAUUGUCUUUUAAUACUUUCCUCAUGAACUGUAUCAACUAUUCUGGUUUCCUGUGUUCGACGUACAGGCUCCUAGUCUGAGGCAUACAUUAGACUGUAGGGCAUGAGGUUUACGUUUCCAUCGGCACAACCUAAAUGUUCCCUUCCACCUCUCAACUCCCACCCAGGCAAUGUACAGUAACCCCACUGAUCUCAACUUGAAGUAAAAGCACUUGUAUUACAAGAUUUAUGGAGCCCAAGCAAUACUGUUGCCUACCCUACUUGUCACAGAGAACAGAAAAUAGUGAAUAUUAGUUGAUCUGGCACGAGUAAAUUAAAUAUCCCUUUCACAUUGGAUUUAACGCCGUCAUUUUCAAUAAGUUAAACUACCAUCGAACCAAGGAUCGGUAUAGCAACAUUCUACAGAAACAGCCAAAUCUGUCUCUCUUCGAUACUUUUGAUAUAUAUUCCGCUUGGAACCCAUCAUCUUGAUUUUCAGUAGAACUCAGAGAACCCGAUGAAUCUGAUUAAAUGACUGUUCAUUCGCUCCCCCUUUGAUCGAUAUAUUAUAUCCUAAGCUUGCUCUUUUUUCUUCAUCUGUAUGCCUCUGUUCUCGUCCUCUUAUGACGGAGCAUCUUCAUGCCUAUUACUUCCCUCCUCUUCAAUUUUCCAAGCCUCCGGUCAUAAUCUGUGGAAUCAGACCGGGAAUCUGGAUCGUCCGGGCACGAUCAGGACCAAGAACACGACAGUGUUCGGAAAAGUAUACGAAAAAUACAUGCGUAUUAUGUUCGAUGCAGAUUACAGGAAACCUUGCUAGAAGAUGAACGGUCAUUUUUAAUCAUAGGAUCAGUACUUUGCGAUCUUCAUGCGUAUGAUCGGUUAACAUUCUUCGCAGGAUUUUCUCUCUUCCUCGCGCUGAUAAUCGACCGGAUGCAUCACUACAUCAGGGAGCUGCGUGUUCUGAGAAAGGGGGAGGAGGCGGCGAGGAAGCGCAGCAGGAAGGAGGAGAGCGGAGACCAGGAUGUGGCCCGGUUGAAGGCCAAGAUCGCCGAACUGGAAUCGGAAUUAGCGGCCCAGCUGACGAAGCCGGAGACUGCGGCGGCUGCCAAGAAGCGGUCGUAG